AGAUCAAAAAAGCGUCCACAAAACACCUUAUCCACCACAUACUUUCUGACAAAGAAACUCAAACAUCCACCCAGAGCACCCCUCUUCCUAACCCCAAACCCAAAAAAAAACCACCACCAAAAUUAAAAUUCAUUGGCAAAUUCGCAAUGGCAGUAGCAGCUCCGUCAUUAGCAUGUUCUUCACCAUCAUCAACCCAUUCGUUACGAUUAAACGUGAACUUAUUUAGACCGACGACGAGAGCAGUGUCAAAAGUUGCGGUCAAAAAUACAUCAUUAUAUACAAAUGAUCCUCGUCCACACGUCUUCCUGCACCUUUCAAAGUUCCCCACCUCCACACAUAUCCCCAAAGCAACAUCUGAACAGGGCCCGGACCCGGCAUCCGACCCGGAACCUUCCUCUACUUCUGACGACUUUGACUCCCGGAUUUCUCAAGUCCGACUAAAGUACAAGUCUGGAACUGGGAAAAAGGCCGAAACACGAAAGAUGAAGAAGGGAAAGCAAGAACCUGGGUCGGGUUCAAGUGGAAGUGGUAGUGUUUUUCUUCCUCCCGUUCCGUUAAAAGAACCGCUUUCGGGCGGUCUGAAGGUUGAUUUCGGGUUCAGCCCGUAUUCUGAGAGGGUCAAUGGCCGGCUUGCGGGUAUAGGAUUAGUGGCAUUGUUGUUGGUAGAGUUGGCUACUGGAAAGAGCGUGGUGAAGUAUCAUACACCAGCAAUUGUUUUUACUCAGGUUUAUUUUAUGGCUGCUGCAAGUGCUUUGUAUCUCAAAUAUGAGAAAGAGAAGGUGAGUGUUUGGCCUCAGAUUGAUGAUUCUACUGUUGCAAAGCAAUAAAAUUCGAUCUGUAUGUUUGACCCUUUUUUAUGAGACGGUAUCGCAAUGAUAAAUGAUUAAAUGUGUA